AUGGCCUUUCUGACCGAGAAACAGGUCCUGCUCUACGUUACAUACACUGUUGUUUAUAACUUGUUCUUCCAUCCUCUGAGGCACUUCCCCGGCCCCAAGCUAUGGGCCAUCCAUCAUGCAUUCUACGUUCGCCUCGAGCUCUCUGGUGAGGGCCACAAGUUGCUGAUCCCAUUGCAUCAAAAGUACGGCUCCGUCGUCAGAGUUGGCCCUGACCACCUGUCCUUUUGUCACCCGGACGCUAUGAACGACCUCUCCGGCCAUCGCAAAGCGAACCAGCCCGAAAACGGCAAAGAGAAGAACCGAGUCAUACUCCUGCCCGGUUCCAUUAUCGGCGCCAACCGAGAAGACCACGCCCGGCUCCGGAAGAGCAUGGCAAACGGGUUCUCGAACCAGGCAAUGGUUGACCAGCAGCCCUUGAUCAUGGCCUACGUCGAGAAGCUAUUUGCCAUACUUGACGAGGAGUGUGCCAAGGGAGAGAAAAUUGACAUGGUGCAAAGGUACAAUUGGACGACAUUCGACAUUAUCGGCGACUUGGCCUUUGGCGAGCCCUUUGGGUGUCUUGAACACUCAACGUACCACCCUUGGGUAGCCAUGAUUUUCGAUUCGGUGAAAAACGUGGCUAUUGACUCCUCAUUCAGGCGUAUACCGCUCCUCUACAAGGUUCUCGUUAUGCUUACGCCGAAGGCAAUGUUGAAUAAGCUCAAGGAACACAACGAGUUAUCGGAGCAGAAAACCCGCAAGAGAUUGGACGCGGUGACGGACCGCAAGGAUUUCAUGGCUGCUAUGACAUCCAGGACGGGGAAAGACCUGACCCUUCAAGAACUCGUUGCCAACGCUGCCCUUCUUAUCAUAGCGGGCUCGGAAACAACAGCUGCUGCGCUGACCGCAGCCACGUACUACCUUUGUCGCAACCCCGUGCCCCUGAAGAAGCUGUGUGACGAGGUUCGGUCUUCGUUCACCUCGGAGGACGAGAUUGAUCUUCUGAGCGUCAGCCGCUUGAACUACAUGCUUGCCAUUCUGGACGAGGCAUUGAGGCUUCACCCACCGGUUCCGGGCUCGAUGCCGCGAACCAUCAAUGAGAAGGGAGAUGUAAUUGCUGGACACUGGGUUCCUCCGGGAACUAACAUUGACAUUUGGUACUGGACCAUGUUCCACUACCCUGACUUCUGGACCCAGCCGGAGGACUUUAUCCCCGAGCGCUGGCUAGGAGACCCUCGAUUUGCAAACGAUCAAAAGCAAAUCUUUACACCUUUCUCUGUCGGUCCGAGAGUUUGCAUUGGCAAGAAUCUUGCUUAUGCUGAAAUGCGUCUCAUCUUGGCAAAGCUCAUCUGGAGAUAUGAUAUCGAGCUACUUGACGAGAGCAUCGGCUGGGAUGUCAAGUCCAAGGUUUAUAUCGGAUACCAAAAGCCACCUCUCUACAUCCGUCUGAAGCCUAGAGCACAGAAAGUCUAG